GAUCUGGUAGUUCAACGUUGCACGUCCAAGCAGAGUGUAGGGUGGGCAAUAUGGCCAGUCUGGUCGCAAUAUUAGACGUCAAGGGGAAAUCCCUGAUACAACGUUCGUACAAAGACGACGUCCCGCCAUCAUGUAUCGAACGAUUCUUACCCCUCGUACUGGAUAUGGAGGAAGAAAAUGUCCAAGUGACUCCAUGCUUUUCAGAUGAUGGAAUCAAUUACAUGCACAUACGACAUAACAACCUAUACCUAUUGGCGUUGUCAAAGAGGAAUAGCAAUGCCGCAGAGAUCAUAUUCUUCUUACAUCGUCUGUGCUCGGUGCUCACAGAGUAUUUCAAAGAGUUGGAGGAGGAGUCUAUCAGGGACAACUUUGUCAUCAUCUACGAGCUCUUGGAUGAGAUGAUGGAUUUCGGAUACCCUCAAACGACAGAGAGCAAGAUAUUGCAAGAAUAUAUCACGCAAGAAAGUCACAAGCUCGAACUUCAAGCUCGACCACCGAUGGCAGUCACAAACGCUGUUUCAUGGAGAUCAGAAGGAAUCAGAUAUAGGAAGAAUGAAGUUUUCUUGGACGUCGUGGAGAGCGUCAACCUCUUGGUCAACGCAUCUGGCAAUGUCAUUCGGUCCGAGAUUUUAGGCGCGGUCAAGAUGAAGUGUUAUCUUUCUGGCAUGCCAGAAUUGAGAUUAGGCCUAAACGACAAGGUCAUGUUCGAAUCUACAGGGAGGGCGGCUCGAGGGAAAUCCAUCGAGAUGGAAGAUGUCAAAUUCCAUCAAUGUGUUCGAUUGGCUCGAUUCGAAAACGACCGUACGAUCUCGUUCAUCCCUCCAGAUGGCGAAUUCGAACUCAUGUCGUAUCGCUUAUCGACGCCUGUAAAGCCUUUGGUAUGGGUCGAAGCGAGUGUGGAAAGUCAUAGAGGAUCAAGAGUUGAAUACAUGGUCAAGGUCAGGGGACAAUUCAAAAGGAGAAGUACGGCGAACAAUGUGGAGAUUUACGUUCCGGUACCGGAUGAUGCGGAUAGUCCAAAGUUCAGGGCCGCCGCGGGAUCAGUCGUGUACGCGCCUGAGAAAUCAGCAUUCGUAUGGAAGAUCAAGCAAUUGGGCGGAGGAAGGGAUUACCUUAUGAGAGCUCAUUUCGGUCUCCCAAGCGUGCGCAAUGAGGAAUUGGACAAACGAGCCCCGAUAUCUGUCAAAUUUGAGAUUCCAUACUUUACAGUAUCGGGUAUUCAAGUGAGGUACUUGAAGAUUGUCGAGAAAUCAGGGUAUCAGGCUCUUCCCUGGGUCAGGUAUAUCACUCAGAACGGAGACGACUACGUCUUGCGGACAAUAUCCGACGCGAAAUCUUCUUCCAUCAUUGCGCCUAUAUGAUUGAUGUGCCUCGCUUAGCAGAAGGGGAAGAAGGCGAAGAGAUGCAGGUCAAGAGGUUCGCGAGCAGGACAAGGCGACGUAUGUAUGGCGCGGGGUCGCCCCUGACAGCAUUUGUGCCUUGGCUUCUUCGGU